GAGUAUUCACUAUGGUUAUUAUUCUCUAUGGUCGGCUUCCUUUUAUGAAUGUAUUUCUCUCUUGCAAAUAUGGCGCUUAGCACGAAAGAUUGUUCUCUGUUUCUUGGGUGUAAAUAAAUUAAAUAAAGAUUGUUUAAGUGCACCGGCGGCUUUAAUUUUCAUCCCACAACUUUUGGGGGCUCGUCCGGGAUGGAAAUAAGCCAAAGGUGCUGAAGAUGUAUAUUAUAAAGGUGUAAAUAGUGUAAAUAAGGGGGCGUGUUCGUGAAGCGAUUCUCACACGUAAAAGAUGGCGGCGCGCACUAAAGCGAAAUUAUGGUGAAAAUUAAAAAUUUAUAAUGGUGAAUUAAAUUAAGGUGAAAAAAUAGAAGGUGAUAAUGAUGUAAAUACGGUGAAGACGACAUGAUGAUGAUGGCGGCCCAACCCUCGUUGGUCAGCAUUGAGGCGACAAUCCCACUGUUCACGGGAGCGGACCCGACGUACCCGGCGGCAAGGUGGGUGGAGGAGAUCAGUGACAAUGCGGAGGUGUUCGGCUGGUCACCUUCACAGAAGCUGCUGAUGGCGCGAAGGGCACUGACUGGGGUGGCAGGUCUGUGGCUCCGCAGUGAAAAGAUGUUUAAGAGUUUCGACGAGCUGCAGCGGGCUCUGCUGGAGGAGUUUCCCUACGAUGCCAACCCGAAGGUGAUCCACGAGCUCAUGACAAACCGUAAGAAGAAGCAUGAUGAGAGCUGUUAUGAGUACAUGCUGGUGAUGAAGGAGCUGGGGAAGCGCGGCGGAUUUGAAGACUAUGUGGCUAUCCAAUAUAUAGUUGAUGGUAUCGAAGACUGCGUGAUACACAAGGUCAUGCUAUAUGGUGUCUCGACAUAUCCGGACCUGAAGGAAAAGCUGAAGAUUUAUGAAUACAUGAAAAGAAAGAUGGCAGUAUCAGCUAAGGAGGAGACAAGAGGCGAACGACUGACGGAUGUGUCGGUAAAGCAGGAUCCUGAUCAGCGACAGAGCAGCGGACACAGAUGUCAGUCGGAGAUGUCGGCAAAGCAGCCCUCGAUUAUGUUCGAAGUCAGGAUGGACGAGGCGACUAAUAUGAGCAAUGAUUAUUCGAAGGAAACAGAAGUGACAGGCAUAGAUACGAAGACAAGUUCUAUCAGUUGUCAAACGGAAGUUGUACAUUUUGUAAAUAAAAAAGUUUUGGAAAAUAAAAAGGAGGAACUUUUCAAAGAGGCGCCAAUCGAGCUGAAAAGUAUUAAGGAGGAAAAUAUUGUUGAACAUAAAGUUGAAGAGGUAUCUGAGACAAAGAUUGUGGAAGAACAAGUUGAAAAGGUGGAAGAAAAAGUUGAAAAGGUAGUUAAAAAAGGCGAGUUUCCUAGUUUGGUGAAGGAGAAAGAUGGCUUGACGAGGAGAUAUAUCGAUAAUAAGAAGGUGUAUAAAAGAUGUGUAGAAAAAGAUAGAAAGUACCAAGAUGGUUUAAUGGAGAAUGAAAUAUGUUGCAAAACAAAUGAGGAGAAAAUUAUGGAGAAAGAAAUCGCAAAGUGGGUAUACAAGGAUGGUAAUUUCUCUGAAAGAAUUAUAAAAGAAGAAAGGAAGAAAGAUUACCAUGUACUACGCUGAGUACAAGAAGUCAUUGCCUAGAUGAGACACUGAGGAAGGUGUGGGUGAUUUUUAUAAGUUUUUAUUUGCGAGAUGAUGAUGAUGAUGAAUGUGUGACGAAGAAUAAGUGUGUUUUUAAUUGAAUAGGCAGGGUUAAUUUUAUGUUAAAUGUACAGGAUGAUGUUAAUUGUUUAUUGGUGUUUAUGGUUUAUUGAAGUUUAUUGUUUAUUGAUGAAAUUUCUAACUAAAUAUGGUUGUGUUAAGAAUUUUGGUCCCAAAGUUUAUAUUUUGUUAAUAAUUAAGUGUAAUUUCCUGAAAGUUGCAGAUUUAAUAUUUUUUUGUUGUUUUCUAAAUGAUGUUUUAAGGUAGAGUCAGUAAAGAUUUAUGUUAUUUGUUUUUCAUAGUCUGAGGGCAGACUAUCUGCAGGAUGGCCGGGUUGUAGGAGUAGGAGUAUUCACUAUGGUUAUUAUUCUCUAUGGUCGGCUUCCUUUUAUGAAUGUAUUUCUCUCUUGCAAAUAUGGCGCUUAGCACGAAAGAUUGUUCUCUGUUUCUUGGGUGUAAAUAAAUUAAAUAAAGAUUGUUUAAGUGCA